CCCGCAUUUGUGUCUGUCCAGCGCAGCGCGAGUCUCUGUGAUGACAGCACAAAUGCGCAGGCUCCCAGGAGAACGCGUUCGAGGGCCUUCCCCCUGGCUCCUAUGAUGCGGGAACCCCUGAACGAAAUAUGCGUCGGCGGUCUAUCUGAGGCAGACCAGUACAGUAUAUGGCGCUAUCCGCUCUGGGCGGUAUAUGGAGGCGGGGUAGCUGUCUAGCAUAUCAACCUGACGUUGAACUUCCACCGGCAUCGGCCAUCAUCGCAGUUCAUUCUUCAAGAAAACAAAUCAGCGUUGUGAGCAUUGGCAAAUAGUCGUGGGAAUUCCGACUUGGAAAGUUUAGUUUCUAGGACCCAGCCGAAACCGUCGGCUGCUCACCUGAAACAAGUGCGAAAAAGCUGGUGCCCACUUUCUCUCAACAGGACUCAGCCGUUGCCGGGCCUCGGCAGAAUGACGGGCGAAGAUGGCGACGGCGAGCUCCACCCGCUCGCUCCCUUCUUUAUGACGGGUCGCUUCGCGGAUGCUCUCGUCAGGCUGAAGAGCUCAUCUUUUCAAACAGCUCCCUGCCCCGUCCAUCGUGUCAUCCUCGCCUCCAAAAGUCCUGUGUUCGAAGACCUCUUUGAGCAUGCUCCAGAAUCGUAUGAAAAGGGAGAGAUUGGAGAGGACAAGCAAAUCAAAGACACAACGCAAGCAAAGAAACCAUCCAAAACUCUCGGCAUAUGGACAGUCGCGCUUCCCGACGAUUUUUCCCUACGUCUCGUCCUGGAAUGGUGCUACUUCUCGUCAAUCUCGAAAGUAUCUCUCACAGCCACGAACUGCUGGAAGGUUCGCAUGGCUGCUCAGCAGUUUGCUAUUGGCGGCCUGAUCUACCAUGUCGACCUGUGGGUGUCGCGCCACUUGCUUGAUGGCACUGUUGGGGACCAGAUGUCGGAGGAGGAGUGGUGCAAAGUUCUGGCCGGCGCGCUGAAGUCACGAUCCCCGGAUGAUAUCCUUCGUGGGGUUGUUGACAGGGCUUGUAGCCUUUGCGCGUCUUCCGUGCAUGAUAUGAACGCUGGGAUGGCUAGUCACUGGGAAUACACAAAGUAUCGCUUUCUUCGUCGGGUUAUCACUAAGAAACAUCUCGAGCUGACGCCUGAGGAGGUGAAACGGCUAUUUUCCGUCAGCGUAACGUUCACGCAAUUUGAUAUCCCUCAGUUGGCGGAAGCCCACGAAGACGUGGCUUUGCCUCGAGACAUCAUCGCCGAUGCGCUGAUGCGCAGUUUGAUCUCGAGAUCCUCGCAAGGUUAUCCAUAUCGUCCGGCUCUGAUGAUCGAUGGCAAGCCAAUCUCCCCGACACGUUCGGCCCCGUUGUCGCCUCGAGAUUCGGAUACGUCGACGAUCCGGGGCAUGCCUAUCGUCCAGCGUGCGCAAACCUCGGGCAACAUUUCCACCGCGUCUGCUUCGCCUGCGCGAAGCUUCACGCGCGCGGUCACGUCGGCCGACCUGAACUCGUCUUCAACAUCCCCUGUCCGGGGCUACGCUACUACCCCUCGACUGUUCGCCCCAUCCAAAACCCCUUCGGCAUCCGCAUCUCCAGUGCGAGGGCAUCACAUCCAGACCUUCCCUCGGCAAGGGAUUCACUCGGAACAGCUUCUUCAUGGCGAUACGCCUAUCUCCACGGUCCUGGCCAACAUCCGGCACAGAUCCUUGGAGCGGAUUCCGACGGCAUACCGACUUUCGCCUAACGGGGCUGCCCCGGUUGUAUCGGCCCCUGUGGCUGUCUCUCCGACGCAGAAUGACAUCCCCAACCCGAACCAGCUGGAAAGGAAGCUUGAUGAGUUCCCGGACGUGAAUGAUGACGUUAGUGAUGAUUCCCCGUACAAUCAUGAGGACGUCAGUAUGUACGAGAUGGCUCCUGAAGAGUUUCCGGAAGCGGAUGAACCAGCUGCGGUGGAGGAGAAGCCUGAGCCGGCGCCUAUCGCAAGUUUGUCGGCGCCUUCCCACAACGACAAGCCGCAGUCCCAAGCUCGUCAUUCUCCUCCAAUGAGCCGAUACGAAGAAAAUCCUCUUGCCAUCGAGACCAGAUCGCCACCAGCGGACCGUUUCUUCGACCGGGACUUUUCAAUGACCCACAUGCACGAGGACGACGAGGAAGACCGCCCGGAUUCUCCAGAUGCGGAAGACAGAGCACUAUACGAGACCAAAGAUGUGAAACUGAAGCGGGGAUUGUCUAUCCUGGAGGAAGGCCCCUCCUUUUCGGACAUUGGACCCCUUCUCGCUCUGCGUGAGAUGAAGAAUCAGGUCCGUGCGUUGAUGGACGAGAAACCGAAACAGCCUGAACGGUCGUGCAGUAAAGGUGUGGUGGUGCCGCAGCCGGAUGCGCCUAUCGUCGUUUCUCAGGUCGUUCCUACCAUCCCUCCGUUGGAGUUCCAACCGCAGCGGGACACGGUAACGAAACAAGAACACUCUGUCCAUCCGCCCCAGGCGGUCUACCAGGUGGAAGGCCGAAAGCAGGAGGCUCUCGGCGGACUGUCCCACCGGCCCUCCACUCCGAAUCUUUUGGAGCAGGUGCGGCGCAAGCUCGAAAGUGUCGCAGCGGUAGAGAGGAUUCAGCAACAGAGUCGUGUUGGUUGCAACGCGGUGGGUGAGGGUCCUGCUCGCGAUGGAGCGACGGAGGAGCGCGGCAAGGAGACCUCUGACAGCCCUUCGAACCGAGAGAACGUGCAUACCGGCGAACGUCGAGAUCUCAAUGGCGUCGGCAGCAGCAAAGCGCCUGUUCCAAGUGUCACGGGCGCAAUGACAACCACGAAGAACGGCACGGAACAGCGACCAGCUCGUCUGCUCAACAAACAGAUAUCGUUUGCAGAGUUUCCGGAUAUCAUCAACGCCUCCCCAUCACUUGGGGAGGACAGCAGUGGCGCGCUGAGCAGCGAGGAAGACAGUAAUGAUGUCAGCGCUGAACAGACCGGCCGCGCCCCGGCUCCUCUGCCGCAGGUCAACGGAAUUCAUCCCCUGACGAUCAAUGCCAACCCCAAUGGGUCAUCAUCCGAGGCGCCCACAAUGACGCCCAAUCCGACACCCAUCACGCCUACGAACCACUCGCUGGGUAAUCUGCCCAUCUCACCUCCGACAGCCAACGCAACCGAUUACUUCCAAGCCGUGACGCCUGCUCAACUGCUCGGCAUCCCUGAGCUGGACCGAGUUUCCCAAUACCGCUCCGAGCCUGAUCUAAACAGCGCGCUGUUACAGUACCAACAGCAGCAGCAACAACAUCAACGCCCACAGGAUCCGCACCAACAACACCCAUACGCCCUCACCGCACCCCCUCCGAACGGCUACCGUCGCUCCAGCAUCGACCCGCUCCGCGCACCCCCCCGCGGCGGCGCCACCGGAACCUGGACGCGCGGCCCACGCCCCGUCUCCUCCGUCUCCCUCGGCACCUUCCCAAAGCAACAAGCGCCCCUCCCCCCCCAACCACAGCACCCUCCCACGUCCAAUCGCGCCACCACCCAGAGCGCACGCGACAGCUACGAAGGGUACGCGCGCAAGACCAAACGCGCCACUGAACGCGCGUCGCCGCCUACGUAUGAUGUGUACGAUUAUCACUUUACCCCGCAUAACCACCACUCCGAUGAUGAUGAUGGUGGCGACCACCACCACCACGACGAUGCCGACGAGGAGCGCGACGGCGGCCUUCCCACCCGGCUCGACGAUUCCCGCGAUUUCGGCUUCCUCGACCUCCCCCCCGCCGCCGACACACCUCCGCACGACUACAUCGGGACCGGCACCUUCACCAGCGUCCACGGCGCUCCUGCUGCUCCGGGCGGGAAAGGGAACACCACCACCACCGCGACGGGGACGAUGAACGGAACACUCAGCAGCGUGAGUCAGUUCACGAACGGAACGCUGGGGAAGGGCACGUUUAGGAUGCUGGGGUUCCAGGCGGCGGGGAGUGUGGCGAAGUUUGCGAAAGCGGGCGCGAGGAAACGGAAGGGCAUUGUCGACUUGUUUAAGGGGGCUUGAAGAAGGAAUUUUUUUUUUUUCUUCUGGGGGAUAGUUUUCCUACGUCGCUUGUACAGUAUCUCCCCUUCUUGUUUCCGAGCUUCAGACACCCUUCUUGUCUCUGUUUUUUCGUUUCUAUCCUCACCUCGGCGUAUGUACAAAGACCUUCGUUUUUUUUUGUUUCCCCCCCCUUUUUUUCAAUUACGUGUACAUUACCCUUUUCUGUACGCUUCUCACGGCGUCGUUUCUUUUACCCUCCCAAUGUAUAUUCUUCCUUUCUGUGCUUGUAUGUUGAAUCGCUUACUCAAUACGAACAGAUCUGCGGCAAAAACCCUUGGUUCUAUCUCACAAA